CGGAAGCAUCAAUCGAUGGAGAACUUGGUGCGUGAGUAUUCCGAACUUGCGCGUGCUCGUUCACGCCUUCGUUCGGUCAUGGACGAUAAUGAAGAAAAAUCCAUUCCGCCACGCUCGCGAGCCUACACCCUGGCCGAGUUGAAUCACAUGCUUGAUGAUGCCAUUGAAGGCAGCGUGGAUCUCGAUGAUGUUCUCUCUGGCUCAACGACCGGCGAAGCUACAUCAAAGCCUAUUCCGGACCAAGACCAAGCACUUGUCUCUGUUUCUCAAGGCCAACCCUUCUCGGGAGAGCGAGCGCUUCGAGCUAGCAUCGACUCAGUACAUCCUCGGGGCAGUGAUUCAUCUGAUCGGAUUGUGUGUGACAAUGAAAAAAGUGCCCUUUGUUGGCCCCAUCUUAUUACCAAAACCCCAACGAAACGGCCCCAUACCAGCCAUUCAAUCGGACCAACAAGCAUUGCCAAAGCACUUCCCAACCCGACCAUUGAAUCAAUACAACCAAAUUCUAUACAAUCAAGGACGCAAUUUAGUCCUGUGCAUCAAAGGGCUGCCAUGUUUGAGAGUCUAGGUCCGAUGGUACCAAUUCAUGGCAAAGAUUGUGGUACUCUCCAAAAUUCCGGCCCUGACGACAUCAAGUCUAGGCAGAAGCAGGCGGCCACGACCAGAAAAGUCCACAAAAUCAAAUUUGGCGACAAAAUUGAUGAGAGACCUGGGACGCCGCUAAUACCACUGACGUUGCCGCAGAUAGUCAGUCCCUAUGAUUUCUCAGCUUUAUCGCCGCAGCCGACGAGUCAGAUGAAGGAGGAAUCAACCGAGAAACCUCCAAAAGACAAUCCUGCCAAACAUGACAACCAACGCAGGUCGUCGAUGGGCUGGCCUUUCAGAUGGAACAUUUUCAACAAACCGGGCAUCUCACAACAUGAGACGGAAGAAAAGGUAGCAACGGAUAUCAGUCCCACACCUGAAGAAAACCCCUCAAAUGAACCUAAUGUUGUAAAGAACAAAGUGCAAGAUUUGCUUCUGGCGGCGAAGGAGAGGGAUGAAAAGGAGAAGAUGAGAUGGGAACUCGAAAAGCAGCGUAUGAGUCGAAGACGCAGCAGAUUCCCUCCAGCACCUCCCAAGGAGCCUGCCGGAAAUAAAGAAGAUUCAGAGCCUCUUAAAUCUCUCCAAUCUCAGUUGCUCCCACCACUAUUGUUGCCUCUAGAGGAGCGGGCCGAAGCCGCCCAUCCUUUUCUCACCGUUGCAAAUGAGGCUACCGAACCACUAACUCCACUUCAACGUGCGAUGACAGAAAAGCAGGUUCUAUCUCCAAUGAGUCUGCCUGAAGGUAUGACGCAAACAGAACUUAGUCCGAGAAAGUCUUCGCCGCAUACGCCAAUGAGAGGAAGAUCCAAGAGAACAAGCCAUCGCCUUUCUGUACACGACCAAGAGCGCAAUGUUGAGCAACAAUUUAAUCUCAGCCCUGAGCCAAGUCGCAGUACAUCUCGGGCCGGUGGAGCUGGUGGAGCUGGUGUCAAGGUCGAGGUCGAGGUUCGAGACAGCCCGGGACGAGAGGCAAGGGAAAGGGGUGAAAAGAUUGUCAUUAUUCGCGCGAAUGUCGAAGAUUUGGUACGCGAGGAAUGA